AUGCCACGACGACGACAUGAGAAUAUUAGUGAAUACUUGAUCGGGAAUAACCUCCAUAUAAAAAAAAUCUCUCUCUCUCUCUCUCUCUCUCUCUCUCUCUCUAUAUCCUCUCUCUCUCUCUCUCUCUCUCUCUAUAUCCUCUCUCUCUCUCUCUCUCUCUCUCUCUCUCUAUAUCCUCUCUCUCUCUCUCUCUAUAUCCUCUCUCUCUCUCUCUCUCUAUCUCUCUCUCUCUCUCUCUCUGUCUCUAUAUCCUCUCUCUCUCUCUCUCUGUCUCUAUAUCCUCUCUCUCUCUCUCUGUCUCUAUAUCCUCUCUCUGUCUCUAUAUCCUCUCUCUCUCUAUCCUCUCUCCCUCUCCAUGUACCCCUCUCUCUCCAUGUCCCUCUCUCUCUCUCUCUCUCUCCAUGUGCCCCCCCUCUCUCCAUGUGCCCCCUCUCUCUCUCUCCUGUGCCCCCUCUCUCUCAUGUGCCCCCUCUCUCAUGUGCCCCCUCUCUCUCAUGUGCCCCCCUCUCUCUCAUGUACCCCCUCUCUCUCAUGUACCCCCUCUCUCUCAUGUACCCCCUCUCUCUCAUGUACCCCCUCUCUCUCAUGUACCCCCUCUCUCUCAUGCCCCCCCUCUCUCUCAUGCCCCCCUCUCUCAUGUACCCCCCCCUCUCUCUCUUGUACCCCCUCUCUCUCUCUCCAUGUACCCCUCUCUCUCUCUCUCUCCAUGUGCCCCCUCUCUCUCUCUCCAUGUACCCCCUCUCUCUCUCUCCAUGCCCCCCUCUCUCUCUCUCUCCAUGUACCCCCUCUCUCUCUCUCUCCAUGUACCCCUCUCUCUCUCUCUCUCCCCCCCCUCUCUCUCUCUCAUGCACAACGUUUACUAGCUUCCAUAAACUCGAAAACUUUCUUUCUUUUUUUCUUCAUAUUGAAUGCCCAAAACACUUUACUCAAGUUCUGCUUUUUAUUUCUAUUAAUGGUGUCCUUCAUCUCCCCAGUGAUGUGAGUGCUUCCAGAUUUUCGAAAAUCAGAGCUGAGAAGAUUUUGGUGUCACGAAACGCCCGAAUUAAAGCUGACGGUUAUGGCUACCCCGGUGGACAAGGAGCGGGACAAGGAACGCCUGAUGGUUCUGGAGGAAGUUCCGGAGGAAUCGGUGGUCAUGCUCAUGCGAAUCAUCUCCAAAGUACCCCGUACGGUCAUCUCUAUCACCCAAAAGAUUUAGGAAGUGGAGGUGGGGGCAGUACCCUGUGCAGCGGCUCUGGUGGUGGAGUGGUUCAUCUUACGGUGACUGAAAAGCUUGUAGUCGACGGUGACAUCACAGCAAAUGGAGAGUCAGCCUCUGUAAAAUCCGGAACGAAAUGCGGUGGAGGUAGCGGCGGCACUAUCUACAUUGAGACACAGUUUCUGGACGGGAACGGACGAUUGUCAGCUCAAGGCGGACAUGGACGUGGUGGUGGCGGAGGUGGAGGGGGAGGCUACAUUGCGAUUCGAUCCAAUACGACUUUCCGUUUUACUGGAAGAACAUACACCAAUGGCGGACAAGGCAGUUGUUUGUUUGUUUUUAUGUUUUUUUCCUCUUUCCUUUUCCCUCUUUCCUUUUCUUUCUUUUUUUUCCUCUUCCCUUUCUUUCUUUUUUUUCCUCUUCCCUUUCUUUUUUUUUUUUCCUCUUCCCUUUCUUUUUUUUUCCUCCUCUUCCCUUUCUUUCUUUUUUUCCUCUUCCCUUUCUUUUUUUUUUUCCUCGUUCCUUUCUUUCUUUCUUUUCCUCGUUCCUUUCUUUCUUUUCCUCGUUCCUUUCUUUCUUUUCCUCGUUCCUUUCUUUUCUUUCCUCAUUCCUUUUUCUUUCUUUUCCUCGUUCCUUUUUUCUUUUCCUCGUUCCUUUCUUUCUUUUCCUCGUUCCUUUCUUUCUUUUCCUCGUUCCUUUCUUUCUUUUCCUCGUUCCUUUCUUUCUUUUCCUCGUUCCUUUCUUUCUUUUCCUCGUUCCUUUCUUUCUUUUCCUCGUUCCUUUCUUUUUUUUUCCUCAUUCCUUUCUUUUCUUUUCCUCGUUCCUUUCUUUUCUUUUCCUCGUUCCUUUCUUUCUUUUUCCUCGUUCCUUUCUUUCUUUUCCUCGUUCCUUUUCUUUCUUUUCCUCGUUCCUUUCUUUCUUUUUCCUCAUUCCUUUCUUUUUUUUCCUCGUUCCUUUCUUUUCUUUUCCUCGUUCCUUUCUUUCUUUUCCUCGUUCCUUUCUUUUUUUUCCUCGUUCCUUUCUUUCUUUCCUCGUUCCUUUCUUUCUUUUCCUCGUUCCUUUUUUUCUUUUCCUCGUUCCUUUCUUUCUUUUCCUCGUUCCUUUCUUUCUUUUCCUCGUUCCUUUCUUUCUUUUCCUCGUUCCUUUCUUUCUUUUCCUCGUUCCUUUCUUUCUUUUCCUCGUUCCUUUCUUUCUUUUCCUCGUUCCUUUCUUUCUUUUCCUCGUUCCUUUCUUUCUUUUCCCUCGUUCCUUUCUUUUUUUUGCUCGUUCCUUUCUUUCUUUUUUGCUCGUUCCUUUCUUUCUUUUUUGCUCGUUCCUUUCUUUCUUUUUUGCUCGUUCCUUUCUUUCUUUUUUGCUCGUUCCUUUCUUUUUUUUUUGCUCGUUCCUUUCUUUUUUUUUUUUUCUUUCCUUUCUUUUUUUUUUGCUCGUUCCUUUCUUUCUUUCUUUUUUGCUCGUUCCUUUCUUUUUUUUUUUGCUCGUUCUUUUCUUUCUUUUUGCUCGUUCCUUUCUUUCUUUUUUGCUCGUUCCUUUUUUUUUUUUUUGUUCGCUCCUUUUUUUUUUUUUGCUUUUCCUUUCUUUUUUUUGCUCGUUCCUUUCUUUCUUUUUUUUUUUGCUCGUUCCUUUCUUUUUUUUUUUUUGCUUUUCUUUCUUUCUUUCUUUUUUUGCUCGUUCCUUUCUUUCUUUCUUUUUUGCCCGUUCCUUUCUUUCUUUCUUUUUUGCUCGUUUCUUUCUUUUUUGCCCGUUUCUUUCUUUUUUGCCCGUUUCUUUCUUUUUUGCCCGUUUCUUUCUUUUCCUUUCCUUUCGGAUUUAACAUACAAUCGCUUUCACAAACUCCGUUUUUUCUUCUUCUCUUUUUCUUCUUCUCUUUUUCUUCUUCUCUUUUUCUUCUUCUGUUUUUCUUCUUCUGUUUUUCUUCUUCUGUUUUUCUUCUUCUGUUUUUCUUCUUCUCUUUUUCUUCUUCUCUUUUUCUUCUUCUCUUUUUUUCUUCUUCUCUUUUUUUCUUCUUCUCUUUUUUUCUUCUUCUCUUUUUUUCUUCUUCUCUUUUUUUCUUCUUCUCUUUUUCUUCUUCUUUCUUCUCUUUUUCUUCUUCUCUUUUUCUUCUUCUCUUUUUCUUCUUCUCUUUUUCUUCUUCUCUUUUUCUUCUUCUCUUUUUCUUCUUCUCUUUUUCUUCUUCUCUUUUUCUUCUUCUCUUUUUCUUCUCUUUUUCUUUCUUUCUCUUUUUUUUUCUUUCUUUUCUCUUUCUCUUUUUUUCUCUCUUUUCUCUUUUUUCUCUUUUUCUCUUUUUCUUCUUUUUCUUUUUUUUCUUUCUCUUUUUCUCUUUCUCUUUUUUCUCUUUCUCUUUUUUUCUCUUUCUUCUUUUUCUUCUCUCUUCUCUUUUUUCUCUCUCUUUUCUUCUUUUUUCUCUUUUCUUCUCUUUUUUUCUCUCUCUUUUCUCUCUCUCUCUCUUUUCUCUCUCUCUUUUCUUCUUUUCUCUCUCUCUCUUUUUCUCUUUUCUCUCUCUUUUUUCUCUCUCUCUCUCUCUUUUUCUCUCUCUUUUCUCUCUCUCUCUCUUUUUUUUUUCUCUCUCUCUCUCUCUUUUUUCUCUCUCUCUCUCUUUUCUCUCUCUCUCUCUUUUUUCUCUCUCUCUCUCUUUUCUCUCUCUCUCUCUCUUUUCUCUCUCUCUCUCUUUUCUCUCUCUCUCUCUCUUUUCUCUCUCUCUCUCUUUUCUCUCUCUCUCUCUCUUUUCUCUCUCUCUCUCUCUUUCUCUCUCUCUCUCUCUUUUCUCUCUCUCUCUCUCUUUUCUCUCUCUCUCUCUUUUCUCUCUCUCUCUCUCUUUUCUCUCUCUCUCUCUCUCUUCUCUCUCUCUCUCUUUUUCUCUCUCUCUCUUUUCUAUGCUCACUUUAACGCAUGCGCGUCUAGAAAGAGUGAAUCUGGAAACUGAGCCAUAUGCAGCCAACACCGACUAUCAUUCGAUUGUACACGUCAACCUCGGAUGGAAUAUUCACACCAGCAAAAUACGUGUUUACCCUCAGCAAACCCAGCGGGAAAUGGCAAUCAGAUUGAUUGGAUAUCGUGACUUUUCCAAGCCCGCACCUCAGUUUAUGCCACCAUUUUCUGACUGCAACAUAUUUUCACAAAGCGGAUCCGGUAGUGCUGGCCCCGUGUCAUGGAAUCACAUCGGCGUAAAAACAAAAGUGGUUAUAGAUAAUGCUGGUUUGCCUACAUCAAUAUAUAUGAAUAAAAACUGCACUGUGUAUGACCCCGUCAUCUCAGGUUCUACCACAUGGAUAACUACUCCAGUAUAUAUUGAUGAUUUACAAUUAAAGAAUGGAGCCCAUGUCUUAGUUAGGGAUCAUUUGACCGUCUCUGAUGUGAAAGACGACGGCUCUGGCCGAAUCUAUGUAACUGAUCAUAGUGUGUUAACUGUACAAAAAAAACUAAAUACCGACUGCUUUGUGGCCGCAAAUGCAACGCUAAUAUUCGCAAAUUCGACUGCGGCACAGAUAAUUCGAAACACCUGGAUCAAAGGACAUUUUAAUUUGAACAAAAACAAAGCGCUCAACAUUUCAGGUUUCCUCAUUUAUGAUAAUACGCGCACGCUUACAGUCCCAAAUAUUUCUAUCCUGGAGACUGGUAAAUUACAGACCAUAGGAUCAUUGAUAUUAAAUUCGUCCGUAAUAAAAAUAUCCGGUAACUUCACGGCUGAUAUCCUGAUUACCGACACUUGGAAAGUUCUUGAUAUUGGUCCCAAAGCGGAAAUGUAUUUUGAUACGCAUACAGCGUCAGCCAAAUUAGGGAACAUCAUUAUCAUUGAGGGGAAGUUAAAACUUGGUCGUGUCAUAUCAUUCACUGACCCUUGUAAACUGUUCGUGAUUGACGGAGGCGUUUUGGAAAUGAAAGGAUCCGAACCGUUUGAAAUAUCUUGCGAUAACGUAACGAUUAAUGCGAAGUUUACGCCAAGAAACGAUCUCUCCCUAAAAAAUAUAAAAUAUUUCCGAGUCGGUAAAAUGGGUGAUCUGAUAUUUCAACCAGGUUCAGACUUUCAAAGUGAUGUGGCGAUUAUAGACGGACGAUUUAAACCUUUGCAGCAAAUUUCUAUCAGCGGCAAGCAGUUCCGUGUUGGACAGACAGGAGCGGUUGAUUUGGCUGGCAUUUUGUCUUUUGAUUCGAAGAGAAACACUCACUACGCCGAUUGCCGAAAUAGCUCCGUUAUUGAUGUGCUUCACAUCGAGGUAAAUGGGACUUUUGAUGCCAAAACCUUGAUUUUAAAGCAAAACAUAAAAUGGUUUGCCAUCGGUGAUCAGGGCAAUCUAACUCUUUAUCCGUGUACCAAUUUAUUCAGUGACUUCAUAGAUAUCAACGGAACUUUGGUGUCGUUGAGAAAUAUGAAUAUCAAAGGUAUUAAUAUAUACAUCGGUCCGCGGGGAGUUCUGAAUGUAAACUUUCAAAGGUCUCCAGCUCAGAAUAGUGAAGGUUGCCAGGUCACUACAGUGGAGAUGUCGCAUUUGAUCAGAAUUAAAGGAACGCUGAACGCCGGUUCGAUCAACAUGACAUCCGCUUAUCUCAAUGUUACUAGCAGUGGCAGAAUUGAUGUUACGGGCGGCGGUCAUCUGUCAGGAAAAGGAAAAGGUGCUGGAAUAUCUUCAACCAUUGGCUCCAGUGGUGCUAGCUAUGGCGGCCGAGGAGGGAAAGGUGGAAAAUCGACUCUCGCGACAAAUCUACCCCAUGCUAAAAUUUAUGAAUGUGGUACGUGGGGAAGUGGCGGAGGAGGCAUUGGUGGAGGUCGCGGUGGAGGCCAAAUCUUCGUUAAUAUGUUGUCAAACAAGGGGAUAUCGCCAGCUCGUAUAAUCCUGAAAUACCAUAAGGAAGACAUAACAGUAUUAUCUAUCUUUCUAUUUCUAAUCCUGAGACCAGGCCACUGA